AUGAAGCUGCUUUCGGACGACAAGCUUCCGGCUCGGCAGAAGCAGUACGGUCGGUUGCUCAACAUUUGCGCCAACUAUCAUCUCUGGAUGCGAUACAAUCUCACGGGCUAUUCCGAGCUGGAACAUUGCGUCACCAAGGAGACGCACCUGUCUACAACGAUCACUGGUUACCAUGUUCUUUUUGUUUUACUCGUGCUCACACUGAGCGCCCUAGUGAUCUAUGCAACCGUGAUGGAUUUGCGUGGAGCACGGAUUAUUACCAACAACAAUAACAAUGAUGAUGCUGCUACACCUUCUAUUGAGCCUCUCUGGAUGGAGUUUUCGGUGCGUCGAACGUGGGCGCAACUUGUGGCACCGCCGGUAAACCAGCUGCAUCGGGAUUUCGCCUUCGUCGAGGUGUUCCGGCUGCUAUCGGUGUUUUCUAUACUAGCAAUUCAUGUGAUGUGCUGUUACGCUGCCGCUCCUACGGCCAACAUGCGUCUAUUGGAGGAGCUGUAUGCUCAUCCGGUAGUGCAGUCGUUGGGUAGUGUUUUCCCGUUUCAGGUGCACACCUUCUUCACGAUCAGUGGCAUGAUGUUGGCGGUGUACUUCAUGCAGUAUGCAGUGGGCAGACGCAUCGGAUGGUCCUACCUGGGCAAGGCCAUUCUCGCUCGCUACAUUCGCAUCUUUCCACUCAUGUUCCUUGUGUGGCUGUACUACGUGUCGUGGUUCGAUCGGUUGUCGCAAGGCCCUGGUGACUAUCGCUUCUUUGAGACGGAGAGAGACAAUUGCCGAGCGAAUGGUUGGCUUAUCUUUCUGUUUCUCAAUAACUAUUUCCAAUUCAACAAUAUGUGUAUGCAGAACUCGUGGCACCUUGCAGCCGAUUUUCAAUUCUUUCUCAUCGGACUGCCGCUCAUGCUGCUCAUCAACCGACAUCCAAGGCUGACCAAACCGCUCCUGGUGCUCGCUGCCGGCUUCUCGCUUGCUGUACCGAUCGCCAAUCUUUACUAUCACAAGAUACCCGGCAUUCUGCUGACUAUUUUCAAGCAACCGAGAUUCGUGUUCUACGCACAUCGAGAGUUCCAGUACGAUUAUAUGUUGUUCCAUACGAACACGUGUAGCUACUUUGCAGGAUUGUUUGCUGGGUUAGCCUAUCAUCGGUUAAAGACGAAUCCCUCCCUCGAUCUGGAAUCUAUGAAAGGCAUACGUGUGUUGAGAUGGGCACCGCUGGCUUUGGUCGUUGGCCAGGCUUCAAUGGCUUUCAUCUUCUACCAGCUGGACUACAGCGAACCGAUGCUGUGGAAUGCCAUCUUUGGAGCGGUUCAUCGUUGCAGCUGGGGCGUAAUGUGUGCGGUGGCGCUCUUGCAUGGUGCAACGGUGUGGCGUGCAAGGUACGCCAAGAUUCACACACAUCCCAUCGUACUACUGCUCAGUCGACUAUCGUACGGAGUGUUUAUGGUGCAGUUUUCGGUACUGAAGCUUUACGGACGAAAUGCCACCGGUACUGGCCUCGACUACAAUUGGAGGAUAUUUGUAAGAAUAGCUCGUUACAGCUGCAAAUAG